AGCGACGUUUGAUCCACGGGACGAACUGGUGCUGAACGAUGGUAUAUUGUGGGAUCUGCGAAUGGGCACUGAAUGCGUUCACAAAUUUGACAGGCUGAGUGCUAACGGCUAUGGCGUGUUUCAUCCGCACGGGAAUGAAUGGGACGUUCGGAACUUCAAACUAUUGCACAGCGUCAGUGCACUCGACCAGUGUGCGAUUGUAUUCAGUGGUGGUUCACAUGUUAUAUAUGCGGGUAAGCAUAACCAAUUUUUAGAAUUAUUGUAGUU